CCUUGUCUUUCAAAGCCACAUUUACCUGUAUGUUCCCCAAAAUGAACAACUGUUCAGUGCAGAGCUGGAUCUCUGCUGGCCUAAGGUCCAUCUGCUGGUGAUCAUCUCCCUGAAGAGCCUCACACGUCUGCAAGAUGAGGAUAGCCGGGCUUCUUCUAUUUAUUGGGCUGUGUGUGUUCGGUGUCACAUCCUCUCUGAAAAUCUGUGCCUUCAAUGUUCAGAGUUUUGGUGAAUCAAAGGCAAACAACAAAAGGGUCAUGGGUCUUCUACUGAAGAUUGUUUCUCGGUGCGACUUGUGCCUCAUUCAGGAGGUCCGAGACUCUAAAGGAGAAGCAAUAAAAGCUUUGGUUAAGGAUCUGAAUAGAUUUGACAAAUCCAACUCCUAUUCCUACGUGGAAAGUGAAAGACUUGGGAGGAAGACCUACAAAGAACAAUACGUCUACAUUUACAGCUGUAGGAAGAACAUACUGACGAUCAAAGAGCACUUCCAACAUCCUAAACUGGAGGCAGAGGGAACCAAUGAGACUGAAGUUUUUUCCAGGGAGCCUUUUGUCAUCCGCGUUCAGUCCCCCACUACAUUGGUGAAGGAUUUUGUCCUGAUUGGGCAGCAUACUUGUCCUAAAUCAGCCAUGAAGGAGAUUGAUGAGCUCUACGGUGUCGUCAAACAGAUUCACAAGAAGUGGAAAACGGACAAUGUGAUCAUCCUGGGAGACCUAAAUGCCGGCUGCAACUAUGUCACCAUUAAAGGGUGGAAAGCUGUGCGUCUGAGGAAUAACCCCAAAUUUCAUUGGCUAAUAGGAGACGAACAAGACACGGCAGUCAGAGAGAGGACUCGGUGCGCCUAUGACAGGAUUAUCGUUCAUGGGCAGGAGAUUAUUUCUGGUGUGGUUCCUGGUUCAGCUCAAGUAUUUAACUUUAAAGAGAAUUUCCAUCUCACAGAGCAAGAGGCUCUUGAAGUAAGUGAUCAUUUUCCUGUUGAAGUUGACCUGAAACCCACUCAUCGCUACCUACUCCGCAACGAGCUGUAGAUCAAUGCAGACCAUCUUUAUUUAAGCAUAUAUUAAAUGAACACAUUAAUUGUUGCUUUCUUUUAAUUAAAAUAAAACAAUCAAGAAAAAAA